UCUAGCAUGUCUUUAGCUCAUCUCUAACCAAAUAUUUUAACACUCAUAUCUGACUUUCAAAACUUCAAAAACUCUACUCAAGAGAAAAACACACUUUUGUAUUUUAAAUGUGUUUCCCAUUGAGAAGAGGAUAAAUUGCAGAGAGUUAUGUACAUUCUCAAAUCUCGUACGCCACGUUCUGAUACAGGAUCUAACAGAACAAGCGCCACAGAUCAAAAACCAAGAAAAGCUGAUGCAGGCACUUGCUACGAAGUAUUCAGGAAUAACACAACAGCAGUAGAAGUAGUAGUGAAAGAGGUCCACAGCAAAACCAAGAAUAGCAAUCAACAUGCAGAAGCUCAGACGAAUAUGCGUACCAAUAUCGCGAAACUGGAGGGAGAAAUCGAAAACUUAAGACGAGAGCUUGCAAAAUCCAACGCUGAUCUAAUUAAAACAAAGAGAGGAUUCAAGCGUAUUAUUGUGGAAAUGAAAAAGCAGCUGGAUACAGUAAAUAGUCAAGAGUUAGAGAGGCAGAAAGAAACCUUAACUUUGCAACUAGAAAACGAGAAAUUGAAAACUCUAUUGGACUUUAAAUCAAACGUAAUAACCAGAUUCAAAAAGGAACUAAAUAUUAUGAAGAGGUUAUUGAAAUUCGCUAUGAAAAGUAUGUGUUUAGUUCCACAGACGACGGAAAAUAUAUCUUUCAGUUCUGAUACGGACUACGAGGAAUUCGAAAAUGAUUUUAAGAAAACUCUUAACGUUAAAUUUGCAACGAAAAUACUAGAUAGCAUGGGGACUACCCUUGAUAGCUCUAUAACGAAAAGUGCAAGGGGUUCUUUUGAAAAUAAGUGACUGUACGUGGCCGUUUUUGUUUGUAUGAAUCAAUUUUAAAUAAUGCAAUUAGUAAUUUAUUAAUAAUAGCCAAUGUAAACAUGUUUGAUAUAAGUAUGCUUUCUGUUUUUGUCGAUCUAUUUACAUACAAAUAAAUACAUUUGGAAUAA